AUGGCCGUUCUGAAAACAAGCAAGCUAGGGGAAAUUCGCGGCUGUGAAGCGGAUGGCGUGAGGAAAUAUCUCGGCAUUCAAUAUGCAACCCUGAAGAAUCGUCUCGCCGAUGCUGAACUGGUGGAGGAACGUAUUGGCGGUGUCCUGGAUGCAACCAACGAUGGACCUUUGGCACUGUCUCUACCAAUUGGAUGCGAUAUUGAACUCGGCCAUGUUCAACACAAAUUGCCCGAAAAAGCUUUCAGCCAGUCCGACGUCAAUUGUCUCAAUCUCAACAUUGCGGUGCCAGCAAAUGCAUCUCCAAACUCGAAGCUUCCAGUCCUAUUCUUCAUCCACGGGGGUGGGUUUUUCAUUGGAGGAAACUCAUGGCCACAAUAUGAUCUCACGAAACUUGUGAAGUUGUCCAUCGACAGAGGGCUGCCUAUGGUGGUGGUGACAAUCAACUAUCGCCUCGGUGCAGCAGGGUUUUUGACAUCGGAAGAGCUUCGCCAGGCAGGCUACCGCUCCAACAACGGUCUUCGUGACCAACGGGUUGCGCUGGAGUGGGUACAGAAGCAUAUUCGUGAUUUUGGUGGCGACCCAGACAACGUGACUGCAGCAGGCCAGAGUGCCGGAGGAGCAUCUGUGACCUACCACCUUCACUCGCAAAAACCUCUAUUCAAACGAGCUAUUGCGAUGGCUGGCACAUCGUGUCUCCUGCAGGCACUGCCGAAUAUUUUCCACGAGGAGAAUUACGCGAAUGCAAUUGCUGCAUUAGGACUUUCCGACGUAUCAUCAGAAGAGAGACUCAAGGCUCUUCUCGAGAUGCCCGGAGAGGAUCUCGUGGCUCGGCUUCCACCGAGUAUUUCGUUUGCACCUGCUCUUGAUGGUGAUCUGAUUCUGCCUGGUGCCACAUAUACCGAGAUUGGGAAACCCAGCUCCAAUCUCCUUCCUGGAAAAGAAUGGUGCCAGGAUCUGUUAAUUGGCGAUAACGAAAUUGAUGCCAGUAUCUUUGAAUUCCUUGCGCCACAAAUCAAAACACAGACGACAAAGAAGUUUAUUGCUGCAAUUCACAAGAUACUCGCUUUGUACCCAACGGUCGCCCAUCGCAUUUUGGAGACAUAUGGUAUCGCUGAUGACACGCCCGAUGCGAAAGCCUUGGCAUCUGCCCUAACAUAUGCCAACGACAUAUCUUUCAAUGCAGCAACUUUAUCAUAUGCCCGUGGCUGGGCAGGCAAUGCAUAUGUGUACUAUUUCAAUGAGGGUAAUCCCUGGGAUGGGCCAUGGAAAGGCCGAGCCAAUCACAUCCUCGAUGUGAUCUACCUCUUCCAGAACCUGAGUGACUCCAUGAGCCCCGAACAAGCCGCAGUUGGCGCUGCAUUUGCGGAAGACAUUUUCAAAUUCUGUCACGGUGUAGCGCCUUGGCCAGCCAUUCCGGGUCAAAUUGACGAAGCGUCAGCGCGCAUAUACGGUCCCAGUGGGCGGGGUGUCACAACUGACGUGUCUCAAAAGUUGUUUGGAGAAAAUACCGCCCGCAGAAGUGUUCUUUUUGAUUGUGCCCCCGAAGUAUCGUUGGACGAGCUAGCGAAGGUGCUUGGAGAAUUCAUGUGCAGUUGA